AGCUUUUUUAUUUUUACCUCAAUGCGUGAAAUAAAACUUAUAAUUAACUGUAAAAUUUCAGAAAUUAUGUGCUCUGACCUCAGAAGACGAACUCCGGUUAAAAGGACUAUGUCCUCGUCUGUUGUUGAGGAGGCAAGGACUGUUCGUGAACGAUUGUUUAGACUGCGUUCAGACCGCCCGCUACACAGACCACGAGAUCAGGGUUUACAGGAGCUGGGUUGGAACUGCAGCGGGUUCCCGAGCUGGGCAUCCGUCCUUCUCUCCCUCAUCCUCAUUAAGAUGUUCCUGGAGAACAUCAACAAGACUGGGGUAAGGAUUAAGCCCAGUUUGUGGAUUAACGCGGCCUUUGGACAGAUACAGCCCUCCAGUAGAGAAUAUCCUGUUCUAACUCUUCUCCUGUACAUAAAUCUACCUCUCAUUGUAGCGCUCAAAACUGAGCUGGGGUUAGCACAGGAGAAGAUUAGCUGGAAGAAUGCGUUAUCUAUUCACAUCGCAAAUCUUCUUUCUCUUCUAAUAUUUCCCGUUUUGUACAUAAACCAUAAAUGUUCCAUAAGUUUCAUCAAUGCGCUUAUCCUCUGUGCCAUGUACAGCUGUCUCUUCAUGAAACUGGUCAGCUAUGUCCAGGUAAACAAAUGGUGUAGAGAUGCCGUUAUUAAAACCAAUAAAUCUGUGAAAUGUGAAACUCCUAGAAAACCUUCUGCUCUGACAAAUGUUCCAGCAGCGGAUACCAAUGGUUUGCGGCGACGUCGUUUCUACAGCAUCUCCCCGGACUCCAUCAGUCCUGCUGGAGACGUUAAACCUUCUGGAUCAGACUUGGAUAAUGUUAAACACAAUCCUGGUUCACCUUCCCCGCUCCAAUCCUCACUAUCACCAGCAGCACUAGAUUUAUCUCAAGAACUCUCCGAAAUGAAGAAUAAGUUAGCAAGUCAAGAAAGAAAAGAUGUAAUUUAUCCCGACAAUCUUAAUAUUAGAGAUAUUUACUACUUCUGGUUUGCACCGACUCUUUGUUAUGAAAUUAACUUUCCUAGAACAAGGAGAUUUCGAUUGAGUUUUCUAGUGAACCGAGUCCUUGAAAUGAUUUUUGGAUUAAUCAUUUGCUUGAGCAUCUUCCAACAAUACUUGAUACCCUCAGCUUUAAAGGCCCUGAUACCGUUCUCCAAGAUGGAUCAGAACGUACCCCUGGCACUAGAAAGGAUACUUAAGCUCGCGAUCCCUAAUCACUUGAUGUGGUUGAUCAGCUUCUACAUUCUCUUCCACUCCUUCCUCAAUAUACUCGCGGAGAUCCUUCAGUUCGCGGACAGAAGCUUCUUCCAAUGCUGGUGGAACGCGACCAACCUGGAAAUGUUCUGGAAGAAUUGGAAUCUCCCGGUUCACAGAUGGUGUUUAAGACAUGUUUAUAAACCUCUGCUGUGCUCUGGGUUCUCCAAGGUUACUUCCAUCCUGGCAGUUUUCUUUGUUUCAGCUUUUUUUCAUGAAUACCUCGCCUCUGUUCCUCUCAGGAUGUUUAAAGUUUCGUUAGGGUUGGGUAUGUUGGUGCAGGUUCCAAUAAUCUUCUUUUCAAGAAUUGUAGAGAAAAAGUGUGGUCCGAGGAUCAGUAACAUGAUGAUGUGGUUUUGUUUGAUUAUUGGACACUCCGUGAUCAUCAUGACGUACUUUCACGAUUUUGUGGUUCUUCACUACGGAAGAGAUCAUAUCGAGAGUUUUGGGAAAUUACAAAUUUAAAUCAUAUUUUAAAAAGGAAUUUUAUUUUAUAUCAAGAGUAUGUAUGAAUCUAAUUAAUUAUUUACCUACUGUGAUAUGUUUUCAAGCUUUUAAAUUUUAUACGUUUUUUGAAU